UGCGCGCGCACCGCCACGGCCCAUGUUCUCCGGGUGUCUCGCGCUGGCUGUCGGGAUCGCUUUGCCGCUGUGUGGUAAUGUCCGCCAUGUUUGCAAUGGCGCAGGGAGCAAAUCGACCGAGCAAAAAAAGGCUUUAAACCCAAUAAAACGCAUCUGAAAACGGCUUUCCAUACAGGAUUCAGAGCCAAAGGGAGCCCAUGAGUCCCCAAGUGGUGGAAAGAGUCGGGUGCCUAUUGGUUUUCAACCAAGUUUUUGAGUGAAUUUCGGUGGAUCCAUGUUUCCUUCACAUUUUAUGUUAUUGUGAUCGGAGACAACAAUGAGUAAACUCUCGUUCCGAGCGCGGGCGCUAGACGCCGCCAAACCUCUCCCUAUCUACCGCAGCAAAGACCUCCCGGACCUCAAUGACUGCGUCUCUAUCAACCGGGCAGUGCCGCAGAUGCCGACGGGGAUGGAAAAAGAAGAGGAAUCGGAACACCAUUUACAGCGAGCCAUUUCAGCACAGCAGGUUUUCAGGGAGAAGAAAGAAAGCAUGGUUAUCCCAGUUCCAGAGGCAGAGAGUAACAUCACCUACUACGAUCGCCUCUACAAAGGAGAGUUCAAAGUCCCUAAACAGUACAUUCAUAUUCAGCCAUUCAGUCUCGAUAAUGAGCAACCAGAUUAUGACAUGGACUCUGAAGAUGACACAUUACUCAACAGGCUAAACAGGAAGAUGGAAAUUAAACCAGUUCAGUUUGAAACAAUGAUAGACAGGCUGGAGAAAGCCAGUGCAAACCAGCUUGUAACUAUUCAAGAAGCAAAACUGCUACUAAAUGAGGAUGAUUAUCUUCUAAAGUCUGUAUAUGACUACUGGGUGAGAAAAAGAAAGAACUGCAGAGGGCCCUCUCUCAUUCCCCAAAUUAAACAGGAGAAGAGAGAUGGAUCGACCAACAGUGACCCCUAUGUGGCCUUUCGAAGGAGAACAGAGAAGAUGCAGACAAGAAAAAAUCGGAAAAAUGAUGAAGCUUCUUACGAGAAGAUGUUAAAGUUAAGGCGAGAGUUCAGUAGGACAGUAACCAUUCUAGAAAUGAUAAAAAGACGAGAAAAAUCUAAACGGGAAUUGCUUCAUCUUACAUUGGAGGUUGUGGAGAAAAGAUAUCAGUUGGGUGACUUUGGUGGUGAAAUUCUGAAUGAAGUGAAGAUUCCUCGACCAGAGAAAUCUGUCUACAACACUCCUAUAUCUCUUCAUAAUGGGAACCACCACAAAGUUCUAGAAUUUAAAAUUAAGCAUCCCCACCACAUCUCAGUCAAGGAGGACAGUCAUGAUUUUGUCCGACCAAAGAAGAAAUACCUGAAAAAAACGAAACUGGACAUUUCAUACCAGCAGCCUCACACUGAGCCACUACCUGCCAUUAAUAAGAGUGAUUUAAAACAAUAUGACUUUCACAGCUCAGAUGAUGAGGAGUACCUACAGGCUUUAUCCCCUACAUCAGAGCCUGAUGAAGAAAAUGACCCAGAUGGUUCUUUUGCUUUCAGAAGGAAAGCUGUGUGCCAAUACCAUGCUCCUCGUUUGGACCAAGCUAACAGUUUCCCCUGGGAGUGCACUGAACUUGCAGGGUUAGAAGAGUUAAAAUACAGGCACUGCCUCACAGCCCUCUCAAUUCCCAGGAGAUGUAUAGGCUUUGCGAGGCGCCGGGUUGGGCGAGGAGGCAGGGUUAUUUUGGACCGUGCAUCGUCUGAUCAAGACAACAUUCUAAAGCAGUUGGACCCUGAAGUGUUUAACUCCAUUCCCAGUAGUUCAACCUCAGACUGUUCCACAUGGACCAAUGCUUCCAAAACACGUUCUGGGAAUGCAAUGUCCCUUAAGGAAGUUUUAAGCAAUAUCAAAAUGUGUCGGUUGCGGUGUUUUCGGCCACAGUCUAUACAAAUUCGGGACAGUGGAGAUGGUUGUACUUCUAGGAAAUUGGGACAGACUAUGAGUAACAGACGGGUAACCGGAGCCUCUGUUGCACUGUUGAACUCUAACAGGAAUGGAAUUUCGGUUACAGGUGGCAUUACAGAAGAGCAGUUUCAGACACAUCGACAGCAGCUGGUUCAGAUGCAGCAACAGCAGCUGGCACAACUCCAACAGAAACAGCAGUCCCAGCAUUCCACACGCCCAGCACAUCCAAACUCGCAGGUAUCUGGCACUUCAGACUGCAUGUCAAAAACUCUGGAUUCGGCAAGUGCCCAUUUUGCUGCAUCAGCUGUAGUCAGUGCCCCAGGUCCAGGACGCGAGGUGUAUAAGGACAACAGAGUUCACAGCAGCAACAUCAAUGGUGUCGUCCAGCCUUCAGGUACCUCUAAAACUCUUCAUUCUGCCAGCACAGCUUUGACGCCCAGCCCAGCAAUCUCUACAGUACAGCUUGUAAGGACUGUCAGCCACACCACCACCAACCACCUCAUCCCAGCAAUGUGCACAAGUAGUCCCCAGUCUUUGCCAGGGAACAAUUCCUGCCUAGCAACUGCAGUUCACCUCAGCAAUGUUGGUGUUGUUUCCCCUAUGAAUGUGCAUCUCGGCACAAGGACUUCAGCACCCUCGCCAUCUGCCUUAAAACUUGCCACUGUGGCUACCAAUCUGGACAGGGUGCCAAAGGUGACACCCAGUAGUGCCAUCAGCAGCAUAGCAAGGGAGAACCAUGAACCAGAAAGACUUGCUUUAAAUGGGAUUUCAGAGACCACAGUGGCAAUGGAAGUGACAUAGACCAAGCCAGCUGGACUUAUAGCUAUGAAAAACAGUUGUGGCAGGCAUAAUUGUCCCAGAAUGAAUGCAAAAUAUGUAUCCCCUAGAAUGUCGGGGGUGCUCAACAUGGACCUAAUAAAUCGCAGCAUAUCAAAAUAUUAGAGAAUUUGUCAAAUAUAUAUGUACAUUUUGUAAAAUUGGGAAGAUCACUACCUUGUAAAAUAGUAUAUUUGUAUCAUUAGUAUGUUAUUUCUGUUACUUGAAUUCUAGAUAUUUGUCAUCAUGCUUUUGCACUUGAAAUGCAACCGAAUGAAGAGGAACAAUGUGCAACAGUUUGUUUUGGGAUCAUGAGCAUGAAAAUGGAUCCUAUGUCACUUGUUUUAACUAUUUAUUUUGCCAUGUUUACAUUUUGUAUCUUGUACAAAUAAAUCAGACUUUGUCUACAAAAAUAGAGAUUUGCAUAGUUAGCAUAUAUAAAGUUCUUGUAUUUUUUUUUUUUUAAAGAAAUGUAAGUAUUGACUUGGUUAAUUGUUUCACAAAUUGAUUAGAUGGUCUUUUGGUAACAACUUUAGAGACAUAUUUCAUUAUUAAGACAAAGUAUUUUCUAUUACUUUGCAAGGGAAAUGGGGAUGGAUCAAUUUUAGUUUUAUGUUGUAGAUGUUAACAUAGUUUUUUUAUGUAAAAACAUGCCAUUGUAUCCAUAGAACAAAAAAAUGUAUGCAUCUGACAGUCAAGUUCUACAAAUGUUUAAAAAAAAAAAAAAAAAAAAAAAAAAGACAAA